AUGCAGUCCCCGCGCGCCCCGUUCCUCCCACCGCCGCUGCUGCUGCUGCUGCUGCUGCUCCCGGCGUCCGCCUCGGCGCAGCCGGCCCGGGCCGGGCGCUCAGCGCCGGGCGCCGCCGGGUGCCCGGAGCGCUGCGACCCUGCGCGCUGCGCCCCGCCGCCGGGAUCCUGCGAGGGCGGCCGCGUCCGCGACGCUUGUGGCUGCUGCGAGGUGUGCGGCGCGCCCGAGGGGGCCGAGUGCGGCCUGCAAGAGGGUCCCUGCGGCGAGGGGCUGCAGUGCGUGGUGCCCUUCGGAGUGCCAGCCUCGGCCACGGUGCGGCGGCGAGCGCAAUCUGGCCUCUGCGUGUGCGCCAGCAACGAGCCGGUGUGCGGCAGCGACGCCAAAACCUACGCCAACCUGUGCCAGCUGCGCGCCGCCAGCCGUCGCUCCGAGCGGCUGCAUCAGCCUCCGGUCAUCGUCCUGCAGCGCGGCGCCUGCGGCCAAGGUCAGGAAGAUCCCAACAGUCUGCGCCAUAAAUACAACUUUAUUGCCGAUGUCGUGGAGAAGAUAGCUCCUGCCGUGGUUCAUAUCGAACUGUUUCGCAAGCUUCCUUUUUCUAAGAGGGAAGUGCCAGUGGCGAGCGGGUCUGGAUUCAUCGUGUCCGAAGAUGGACUGAUUGUGACAAACGCCCAUGUGGUGACCAACAAGCACCGGGUCAAAGUCGAGCUGAAGAACGGCGCCACCUAUGAGGCCAAGAUCAAAGACGUAGACGAGAAGGCGGACAUUGCCCUUAUCAAAAUCGACCACCAGGGGAAGCUGCCCGUGCUACUGCUUGGCCGCUCCUCAGAGCUGCGGCCGGGAGAGUUCGUGGUCGCCAUCGGGAGCCCGUUUUCCCUCCAAAACACGGUCACCACGGGGAUCGUCAGCACCACCCAGCGCGGUGGCAAGGAACUGGGGCUCCGGAACUCCGACAUGGACUACAUCCAGACAGACGCCAUCAUCAACUAUGGAAACUCCGGAGGUCCAUUAGUAAACCUGGAUGGUGAAGUGAUUGGAAUUAACACACUCAAAGUGACAGCUGGAAUCUCCUUUGCCAUUCCAUCUGAUAAGAUUAAAAAGUUCCUAACGGAAUCCCAUGAUCGACAAGCCAAAGGCAAAGCCAUCACCAAGAAGAAGUAUAUCGGCAUCCGAAUGAUGUCACUCACACCCAGCAAAGCCAAAGAGUUGAAGGAUCGCCACCGAGACUUCCCCGAUGUGCUUUCAGGAGCAUAUAUCAUUGAAGUAAUUCCUGAUACCCCCGCAGAAGCGGGGGGGCUCAAGGAAAAUGAUGUCAUCAUCAGCAUCAAUGGACAGUCGGUGGUCUCCGCCAAUGACGUCAGCGACGUCAUUAAGAAGGAAAGCACCCUGAACAUGGUUGUCCGCCGGGGCAACGAAGACAUUAUGAUCACCGUGAUUCCCGAAGAAAUUGACCCGUAG